AUGUCGGGAGAAGCCCAGCUCCCACCCCAGCCGAGGGCAGUUCCUCCACCCGAACCCGACCCCAUGGCAGCGAUGAAGCUUACUAGGGGGACCUCGUGUGUGCUGUGCCAGCAACGAAAAGUCCGCUGCGACAAGAACAAGCCGUGUGCCAACUGCGUCAAGGCCCGGGUAGAGUGUCGAGUGAUACCACCGCAACCACCUAGGCGGCGGAAGAAGCGUCUUCAAGAACGGGAUCUCGUCGACAGACUCAAAAAGUACGAGUCACUCUUGGCAGAGAAUGGCGUCAAGUUCGACCCCAUCGCCGCCGAGCUCAAGGCCGGCGAUAGGAACUCGACACAUAUUGACGAUGACCAUAUGCUUGACGAGGAUGCCGACCUCGCCAACGACUUUGAAGGGCUCAAGACCUCUCCCGAGGGGAGCACAUCCCCUUCCGUGGCAGGGAGCCGGAGAUCGCAGUCCGAUAAACCAUAUAGUAAAUGGUUCCCCUUUCACAAAGAGUUUCGAGCCAGCGAGGAGUUGCUGAGAGACUCAUCGGAAGACGAAGUUGACGGCUCAACCAUCCACCACGCUUUUGACAAGAUGUACGACGACCAGGACGGCUUUCCGUUCAUCGUGGGCAGUCGAAAUGCCUCUGUGACGCAUCUCCAUCCAUCUCCUAUUCAAAUCUUUCAACUUUGGCAGAUCUACAUUAACAAUGUCAACCCCCUUUUGAAAAUCACACAUGUUCCAACGGUACAGGGCCUCAUCAUCGAAGCCAGCGCCAACCUAGAGAAGAUCCCAAAGAGCGUCGAAACACUCAUGUUCGCCAUCUACCUGAUGGCAAUCACCUCUCUCGAAGAUGUCGAGGUUAUAAAGAUGUUCAACGAGCCAAAGGCUACCGUCCUGUCAAGGUUUCAUACAGCGCUUCAGCAAGCCUUGGUGAACGCAGGCUUCAUGCGGACCAAUGACACGAUGGUCCUUCAAGCCUACAUGCUCUACUUGAUUGCUGUUCGCAUGUUCGUUGACCCGCGACAAAUAUUCUGUCUCGUGGGGAUCGCCGUGAGGAUAGCCCAACGGAUGGGCCUCCACCGGGACGCCGCCGCGUUCGGCUUAUCACCAUACGAGGUCGAGCAACGCCGGCGACUGUGGUGGACCAUUGUAGGCUACGACCGCCGCAUAGGGGAGAUGACGGGGUCGACCGUGACGGCCUUGUCCACAGUCGCCGACUGCAAGCUGCCCCUAAACAUCAACGAUACAGACCUCCACGUGAACGGCAAAGACGCGCCAACGCCGCAUCAGGGCGUGACAGAAAUGCUCUUUGUCCUCAUCCGGACAGAGCUUGCCAUGGCCAUCAGCAGCGACACACUACGCGACGGCCAAAGACACGGCGACAAGGAGAAAGACGCCGGCUCCGGCCCGACGGCCCCGCCACGCCCCGUUUCGAUUGUGCGCAUGGCCGGGCAAGACCAAGUCUACACUCUCGACGGCUUCUUCGCGCACAUUGAAGGCACGUACCUCAAGUGGUGCGAUCCCAAGAUACCGCUACACUUCUUCACCCUCACCAUGACGCGGCAGUCGCUGUGCAAGAUGCGCGUCAUCUCGUUCCUCGUGCGCAUGGGCAACGGCGAGGCGACGACGCUGGCGGACCACGAGCGCGACACGCUCUUCCUCGAGGCCAUCCAAAUGAUUGAAUACGACAACGUCGUCCAGGCCGCCGAAAGCCUGCAGGGGUACAAGUGGUACACGUACCUCCAUUUCCCGUUCCCGGCGUACAUGUUCUUGGUCACGGAGCUGCGCCACCGGCUGACGGGUAUCAUGACCGAGCGGGCUUGGGAAGCCAUCGCCGAGAACCACGACCGGCGCGGGCUGAUAAGCACGCUGCAUAGCCCCAUGCACAUUGCCUUCGGGAACCUCUUCAUCAAGGCCUGGGACGCGCACGAGGCCGGGCAAGAGCAGAUUGGCAAACCGGUGGAUGAACCCAUGUGGAUCACGAGGCUCCGGCAGCGGGCGGAGAAGAUGGGCAAGAAGCAACACGGCGGUCGUCGGUCCGGGCCGAAGAUGGGUAGCGGCGGCGGCAGCGGCGGCGGUGGCGUCUCGCAGCAGGCGUCCGCGGGCAGGGAGGCGCCGGUGAAUAGCACGUCGCAGCUCGGCGGGCCUAUGCAGCAGAUGCCGCAGAACAUGAUGAUGACGCCGCCGUCCGUGACUGCGGGCACGCCUGUCAUGAACCCGCCGCCGUUGGAGGCCGCCGUCAUCGACAUGGACUGGAGCUACCUAAUGCAAGGGUACGAAAUGGACACGUACGGAUCUUUUGUAGGGGGAGGAGGCUUCGGGGGCUUUCCAAUGGGUGGGAACGGCAUGGGUGGAGGGCCUCCCGACAUGAUGGGCAACGCGGACGGUAGCAACAUGUUUGGAAAUUAA